AGUAAGUAAAAAAGACCGCUUUCUAGCCGUUUUCGGAAUGAGGAACAGGGAACUGGAUGAAUUGCUUUCGCAGACGAAGUUGGCGCAUUUUGCUAGCCGUGUGCCCUGAGAAAGCAAUGGCUGAACGACGGUGGUGACCACGAUGGACGAAGACGACUGGGAAGCCCGUGUAGCGGACGUCGAGUGGCAGCGGCUGCAGGCAGCGCGGGACCAGGACGGGCUUCGCGACGGCAUAGCCGAGGGCAAGGAGCGCGCACUUCAGGCCGGCUUCAACCAGGGAUUCCGCGAGGGUUUUCAGCUGCUACGCCAAGUCGCCGUCUGGAGAGGCCUCGUCCGAGGUGCCUGCAUUUUUGCAGAGGGCAGCGAUCGGUCGGAGCUGUCUGAACUGUCCGGCCGGUUGAUUCAGCUCGAGAGGGACUUGCUCGCCGGCCGUGCAGGUGCGACGCAAGUGCGCGAGACUCGCGUCCAAGUGCAGUGUGCGCUGCAAGCUCGCGGACUAAGCCUACCAGAUGAGGGCCCAACACAGGAACAAUAAUAAAAGAAAAACCGAAAUCAGUUCCACCCCAUGUGAAAGCUGUACGCACUGCAGAGCAUUGAUUCACCAGUUCUUGUUAUAUGUUCUUUUGUGUUCUUUACGUGCGAGAACAUGAUAUUAUAUAACA